AUGUGCAGACAUCUCAAGGACUUGGGCAUUGGUCUUGUCAUGGAUGAUGGCAAAACAGUGCAACACAAGUUCAAGGGACUGCAGAAGGAAAAUGAGAACCUUCGUGCAGAGCUCGUUGUGUUGUGUCGGUCUGUGGCUACGUUAUGUUCAACUUGUGUUGAAUCGUCUAUGGUAAAGAUUCCAGAACCUAAGGCCUUUAGUGGCGCAAGGAGUGCUAAAGAACUGGAAAAUUUAAUCUGGGACAUGGAACAAUAUUUUACAGCUGCAAGAGUGCCGGAAGCUGAUAAGUUGAAUAUUACCACAAUGUAUUUGUCGGGUGAUGCGAAACUUUGGUGGAGGACUCGUAAUGCAGACGACGUAAGUGCUGGUCGUCCUAGAAUUGAUACAUGGGAUAAGCUAAUCAAUGAAAUGCGUGAUCAAUUUCUUCCUAGCAAUGCAUCUUGGCUUGCAAGGGAUAAAUUUAAAAGGCUAAGGCAGACGGGUUCAGUGAGGGAAUACAUAAAAGAAUUUACCCCUGUGAUGUUAGACAUACAAAAUAUGUCUGAUGAGGAUAAACUUCACAACUUCAUUUCGGGCAUGCAAGGCUGGGCUCAAAACGAACUACGAAGGCAGAAUGUUAAAGAUCUGCCCGGGGCAAUUGCUGCCGCCGAUUCGUUAGUGGAUUUCCGGACGACUCGUCCUUCGACAGAUGUCCCCUCCACUUCAAAAACUAAGAAAAAGAAUGAGAAGAAAGGGGAAUGGAGAAAGGAUAGUCGUAAAGACAAUACAAAUGAUAAAGGAAAGGCACAAAUGAAGGAUGGGAAAGACAGGCCAAAGAACAAAUAUGGAAAUUCGAAGGGCUGUUGGACUUGUGGUGGUCCUCAUUUGGCCAAAUCUUGUCCAAUUCAGGAAAAAGUGAAUGCUUUGCUUGCUGGUAAUAUGAAUCAAAGGGAGGAGGAUGAAGAAAUCGUGGCUGCAAUGGCAACCCCAUUGGGAUUGUCCUUCAAUCACAUUAUGGGGAUCAAUAAUGUUGGAGAAAUCUCUAGUACUUCGAAUCCUCAUGCUUCCUUAAUUCAUAUAGAAAUGAAAGUGAAAGAACAACGUGUGAUGGCAAUGGUUGAUACAGGGGCCACACAUACGUUUGUAGAUGUGAAGAUUGCUACAAAAUUGGGGCUGAAGUUGUCUAAAAGCCCUUCCUACGUCAAAACAGUCAACGCUAAGGCACAAGCCAUUGUGGGCAUGGCUUAUGGUGUGUCUAUGUCAACUGGAAGUUGGGUGGGAAAACAUAACUUGAUGGUGAUGCCGCUUGGUGACUUUGAAAUCAUACUUGGGAUUGAUUUCCUAAGAAAAUUCCAGUUUGUUCCGUUUCCUCACUUAGAUGGAGUGAUGGUCAUGAAUGGAAGCAAUGCUGGUUUUCUCAAAGGUGUUCAUCCGUUUGGGAACAUUAAUAAAGUUGCAAAGAAGAAAGACAAGGGAAUGUUGUUGUCUGCUAUGUCAAUCGACAAAGGGCUGAAGAAAGGUGAAGACACUAUACUUGCUGCCUUGGUCGAAGUAAAACCUGAUGUGAAACUGGAAGUGCCUGAUUGUGUUGGUGAAUUGCUUAAACAGUAUGUUGAUGUUAUGCCGCCUGAAUUACCAAAGAAAUUACCACCAAGGAGAGAUAUCGAUCAUAAGAUUGAGUUGCUGCCUGGUACGGUUGCUCCUGCACAGGCUCCUUAUCGUAUGGCUCCUAAGGAAUUUGUUGAAUUACGCAAACAAUUGAAUGAAUUGCUAGAUGCUUGA